CAACAAUUCUCCUCUUUGGCGAUCUUAUCAGUACAUCUACGGCACCUAUUCUGAUAAGACAUCAGACAGCGCAACUGAUAAAUCGUAUUCCUAAUCUUACAUUGAUUUAUAUAGGAAAAUGAUACAUUGAUCAUAGAAAAUGUCAUAAAUUACACAUUUCUAUUAAUUUUAUUAUACCAUCCCUGAUAUUUCCUUAAAUAACAAUUCAAUACCUUUACGAUGGUAUAUUUUUCUUCAAAAUAAGACAAUAUUUGGUUGCUUCUAAAUUCAUUUGAAAAAAGUAUCUCAAAUUCAAUAUACUCUCUAUACAUAUUUGGCAGAAUUACACGAUAACCCUGUUUUUACUAAUUAUUUUUGAUGGAAAAGUUAAAGUUAAUUUACCAUCCCUGAUAUAUUUGGAAAGUUCUCGUCAUGCACAUUCUAGAUAUAUAUUUUAUUAUAAAAUAAGUUAUUUCUUUCUUGCUUCUAAAUGAGUUUAAAGACAGGGUUUCAACGCUUUCUGUAUAUUGACAAAACGUGCUAAGUUUUACGAUAAGAUAGAGCCGUAUCGGGAUAGGAAUACAUGUAUAAUUAUUUAAUUAAUCAACAGAGUAUAGCAUGAUUUUUAGGUGCGUUCCGUCUGACAAAUGUUCUUUUAAAAUAUUUUUUUUAAGUUUUCAUGGCAUUUUCCUUUGAAAAUACUGAGAUAAUUAUGUUUUAAAAAAAAAAUCGAAAAUAAAAAUGAAAGCAGCUCUGUUGUUGCAUUAUAGUAAUAACCAAAAUAAUAAUACAAUAUAUUUAUUAUGACUUAUUUUGACAAAAUGACUGGGUGUUUCAGUAAAUAAGUUGAAUUUAAAUCUAAAAGUGUCAUUUUGGUCAAGAAGCAUCCUCUUUCUUGUAUAUCAUCGUGGCACGGGACAGCGUAUUGUAUUGACAAGAUAUUAGCGUUAUAAAUUUUAUGGUCAUGUGCCUUAAAUCAGUGUACGCAGAAUUUAAAUUAUGUUAAUUAAAUUUUAAAGUGACACGUGUGUUGCCAUCCUAAUCGCGGCAUGUAUGAAUGAAAGGAAUAACAUCGUGACACGUGCCGAUGUAUGACAUAUGUAUGACAUAAGUAUUUGAAUUUAAACGCGUGAUUUAUGUCAAAGUAGCGGAUUGUAUCAGUGUAUUAGAAUUAAGAGAAAAUUGACAAGAUAUUGGCUAUGAUUUGUAGGGGUUUUUAUUAUACGCACCUUGUGAAGUGUUCCAAUUAUUAAAUAAGAUUCAACUAUGGAACAACCACUUGUAAAACAAUCUCGCAAAGAAAGAGUUGACUACAAGAAACUUAACGAAGGAAGUGCUCUUCCAAAACAUAUUCAAAAAUGUAGAACUAGUAUCAAACCAAAAGUGUUGCCACAAACAUAUACUGUGGAAAGGAUUAUAUGCAGGAAGAAAUCACCUGACGGGGAACGUUUCUUAGUGAAGUGGGAAGGCUAUCAUCCACAAGAAUCUACAUGGGAACCGGCCAGUCACAUUUCUGAUGAGCUUGUGGGAUCAUACAUGUGUCCGUCCGUGUGCCGUACCCGACUUGAAGCCGCUGCCUUAACCUUUGAGAGCACUAUACAACAAUGCCUGUCCACAAAAGCUAACACAGUGUCUGCAUUAUUUCCAUUGGACAUAUAUCGCUAUGUGUUUGGAACUGAUAAGUCAGUCGUAAUAACGUCUGCAACUGAAAUUGAGAAACUCCCACUCCGAAAAAAUUGGACAUACAAAAUAAACUCUUCAGGAUGUGGUGUCAUGGUAUUAUUCCCAUUUAGGCUGACACCACGAUGUUUCAUGAGACCAGUAUAUGUUCGAAGUGACACGACAAUAUCCAGGAUGACCAUGCCAGUGGAGAAACUUACAAUAAUAUGCCCAGCAGAACCGACCAUUCCGCUAUGAGAUAUGAACAAUAAAGUGUAGAUUAUGGACUCGUGUAAAUUUAUAAAUAUCUAGCAUCUGUGUGUACUCAGUGCAUGUACCAUUUCAUGUUUAUUUUUGAAAUAUAUCCAUGUAAUUUGUAUGUGAUUUCUAUUGUAAUAAACAAAAUGUCUGUAUAUAAUUGUCAUAGCCCAAUACGUACAGCUUUACAGCUAAAAGAUGGCGUAAAUUUCUCAACAUCUGUUUCCCCAAAAUUGAAUCAAGACUUCUUAGAACAUGGGACUGUUGCAUUGACUAUCAACAUAACGAACAAUUUUCUCAAAGAAUUAAAAUCAGCACAUGAGCAGUCAGAUCUAACUUAUUUAGAUAUCGUCAAUACUCAAAUAAAAUGCUUCCAGUUACUAGAUU